CAACGGAGUGUGCACGCGUAGCAGCCAGCAACUAGUAGAGAGCAGUCGAGCAGUCGAUCGAACAGACAGACAGACAAACAGUCGAAACAAUCAGCUUUUGUAUACUCCAUGCAAUUGAAUUGAAUUUCGAAUUGUUGUUGUUUUUCUUGCCGAUUCUCAGUUCUCUUAGGGGCAUGCGUGUGGUUUUGUUAUUGCAACUGCAACAGUGCAACCAAAAGCUAAAGUGCAACUGUAAAUUGUAACUGUAACAGCAUAAAACGUGUAAGAACAAGUUGGAUGACAAAACUUAAAGUUGUUUCUUGCAACAACAAAAUAUCGAACAAACAUCGAAAUAAAAUUAUUAACGCAUAUAUCAAAAUUAAACAUAAAAUUAUCAAAGUAGCUCAAUUCGAAAUUUGUGUGUGGAAUACAAGUGACGCAGGAUUUUUGCAACUUUAACGAUAAAUCGAACGUAUAUAACAAUAAUGGAUGCGCAACCCAAGCAGAUGCAGGAUUAUUGGCAUAUACCGCGAGCCUCACUCGUCUCCUCAACCAGCUCGGCCAUUAGCUCGGCCAGCUCUUCCAAAUCCUCCAACAAAUCCAACUCAAACCCGCCCACGCUGGCGCAGCGCAGUCUUGCCGUUGCUGGAUCUAUAAACUCCUCAAAUGCAACGAGUGCAGCGGUUACUGCAGCAGCAGCAGCAGCGGUAUUGGCAGCAGCCAAGCGUGGUUCGCGCUCCUCUCAGGGCUCCAGCGACAGCAACAACAGCACACGGAGCGCUGCUUCCGGCUCACUGCUGCUGACGGCAGCGAAUCUGGAGCGUUUUGCUGAGAUACACAAGAAGCAAGAGCGCCAGCAGAAGCUGCUCCUACCCACUGUGCAUGGUUCGGCCAGCUCUGCAACUAACUACAACGCUAAUUUGGCGCUGGGCCAAGCAGCUGUCGCCAAGGAUGCCGUCAUUGCCAUUGACGCCGAUCCCAAUCUACAGUACAUACGCACCAAAGAUCUGGACACUGUGUCUAUAGCCAGCUCCAUGCACUUUACGAUGGUCAAUGGCGAGCCCGGUGGUGCCAAGAAGCCCAAGCGUGGUCUCUGCGAUCGCGGACGCCAGGUGACGGUGCUAAUCAUUAGCAUGAGCACCAUAUUUAUGCUGCUCAUCAUGGGCAUGGUUUACGCGCUUGAGAUGCGUGCUCGAGAUAUGCCCAAGAGCUAACGGGGCGUGAUGAGAACUACAAUCUUGUCUUCAUAGUGUAUUAUUUAUUAUUGUUAUGGCGUUAUCCGUGCGCCCCUGCGUCUAGUUGUUAAGGUAUUUAUUCAAUGAAAAGCAAUUGUUUCCGCUCAGACAAACUCUAAAUUAAAUGUUUAAUUUGCCAAUUAACAAAAACUGUAUCACAACAAUUGUAGUUCUAAAUUAACAAUCGUAUUGUCGUAGAGUAGUAGCAUGCUAAGUAGUAUUAAUAACUGACAAAACAUUCGUAUUUGUAUUUGUUGCUGUUAAAGAAUUAAGUUAAUUAGCCCUGUGAUAUGUUAAAUAAAACAGAAUUCAAAUUGUAUGCGUCACGCAGAAAAAUUCACACGACACGCAAAAAACAAAUAAUACAUAAUUCUAUGAAGUGGACGGAGAUUACUAUGCAG